GGAAAAAGUUGUUUAAAAAUGUCUAAACUGUGUGAGAGAGAAAGGUAUAGAAUGAUAUUUGUCCAUAGUCUGUGUGAGAGAGAAAGCCGUCAAAGACAAUCAAAGAACCUCCCAGAAACUACGUGCACCGAUUAGUGUGAUGCUAUUACGAAGAUACAGAUGCGGAAUGAAUUGCAGAUUUAAACUGCUCGCUCGGAAUUUCGGAAUUUUUCAGCACCAGCCAGCUCUUGGAUUCGAACACGUUCCCAAAUUGGCAAUAGCGAACCAUGUCAGAUAUAAGUCUACUACACCACUCAAUACUAUUAUAAUGUUUGUUCCGCAACAAGAGGCAUGGAUCGUCGAGAGAAUGGGAAAGUUUCAUAAGAUUUUAGAUCCAGGGUUAAACAUACUUAUACCGAUCAUCGAUCAAGUCAAAUAUGUUCAGAGUCUCAAAGAAAUAGCUAUAGAUAUCCCGCAGCAAACCGCAGUUACAUCAGAUAACGUAACAUUGAACAUCGAUGGAGUGUUGUAUCUAAGAAUAAACGACCCGUACUUAGCCUCGUACGGUGUGGAGGAUCCAGAAUUCGCUAUAAUUCAAUUAGCUCAAACAACAAUGAGAUCGGAAUUAGGAAAAAUAUCUUUGGACAAAGUGUUCAGGGAAAGGGAAGGCCUCAACGUUUGCAUCGUCGAUAGCAUAAAUAAAGCGAGCGAAGUUUGGGGUAUUACCUGUCUUCGAUACGAAAUACGUGACAUUAGAUUACCGCAGAGAGUGCAGGAAGCAAUGCAGAUGCAAGUAGAAGCCGAACGGAAAAAGCGUGCCGCAAUUUUAGAGUCCGAAGGUGCCAGGGAAGCAGAAAUUAAUCUCGCGGAGGGGAAACGUUUGGCACAGAUUUUAGCAUCGGAGGCUGCGAAACAGGAAGAAAUAAAUAAAGCCAGCGGUGCUGCGACUGCCUUGGUAGCUGUUGCAGAGGCACGUGCGAAAAGCUUGAAGCUCGUAGCAGGUGCUCUUAAUUUAACAGAUGCAAAAAAUGCUGCUGCGCUUAGUAUAGCAGAGCAGUACGUUCAAGCGUUCAACAAAUUGGCGAAGAACAAUAAUACUUUGAUAUUACCCAGCAACGUAGCCGAUGUGUCUUCCUUGGUGACUCAAGCGAUGACUAUUUAUAAACAAGUUAUGGCACAGCCCAACUUUGACGAUAGUCAGAUAAAGUCAAACUCGGAUACUCCCCUUAGACUCGAAGACUCUGACGAAUGCUUCGAGUAUUUUAGCGAUAAAGAGGAAGCAGAGAAGCACAGAGAAAGUAGAAAGCGGAAUCCUAAAAUGUUAUAAAAUAUUUAUGUAUGGAAUAAUAAAUACAUUUGAAUUUUUCUUAUC